GUCGGUGGACAAACAUGGCAGCCCCCAUGGAAGUGGCUGUAUGUACGGACACGGCGGCGCAGUUAUGGAGCUGCAUCGUCUGGGAGCUGCAUUCAGGUGCCAACCUGCUCACCUACCGCGGCGGCCAGGCCGGACCCCGGGGCCUGGCGAUGCUGAACGGCGAGUACUUGCUGGCCGCACAGCUGGGCAAGAACUACAUCAGUGCCUGGGAGGUGCAGCGCAAGGACCAGCUCCAGCAGAAGAUCAUGUGUCCUGGGCCUGUCACCUGUCUGACUACGGCACCUAAUGGCCUCUACGUGGUGGCAGGAAUUGCAGAAAGUAUAUACCUGUGGGAGGUCUCCACCGGGAACCUCCUCGUCAUCCUGUCACGCCACUACCAGGAUGUCUCCUGCCUGAAGUUCACGGGCGACAGCAGCUACUUCCUCUCUGGGGGCAAGGACUGCCUGGUGCUGGCCUGGAGCCUCUGCAGCGUGCUCCAGAUGGACCCCUCCAGGAUCGUGGCCCCUCGGCAUGUGUGGUCUCGUCACACACUCCCCAUCACAGACCUGCACUGUGGCUUUGGGGGCCCGCUAGCCCGUGUGGCCACCGCCUCGCUGGACCAGACGGUGAAGCUGUGGGAGAUCUCCUCCGGCGAGAUGCUGCUCUCUGUCCUGUUUGACGUAAGCAUCAUGGCCGUCACCAUGGACCUGGCUGAGUACCACAUGUUCUGUGGUGGCACUGACGGGUCCAUCUUCCAGGUGGACCUCUGCUCCUGGCCCGGACAGAGGGAGCGAAGUUUCCCGCCGGACCAGGACUCCGGAAAAAUCUUCAGAGGCCACAGGAACCAGGUGACGUGCCUGUCUGUGUCCAUGGACGGCAGCGUGCUGCUUUCGGGCUCCCAUGACGAGACCGUGAGGCUGUGGGACGUGCCCAGCAAGCAGUGCAUCCGCACCGUCACCCACAAAGGUCCCGUGACCAAUGCGACCAUCAUGCUGGCCCCGGUCAGUAUGCUGAGCUCCGACUUCCGGCCCAGCCUGCCACUGCCCCACUUCAACAAGCACCUGCUGGGCGCUGAGCACGGUGACGAGCUGCGCCGCGGGGGCCUCACCCUGCGCCUCGGCCUCCACCAGCAGGGCUCCGAGCUCAGCUACCAGGAGCGGCUAGAGCGGCUACAGGCUGUGAUCGGUGACUCCGUGGAGAAGAACGUGCUAGGCGGCCAGGACCGGCUGCAGCUGCACGUGACAGAGCUGGAGGACGAAGUGUGCAACCUGCGCAAGAUCAACAGGGACCUUUUUGACUUUUCCACGCGUGUCAUCACUGCCACGCGCAGGAUCAAGUGAGGCGGGAGGGGAGCCCUCUCCCCCCCCACAUGACCAGAGCCACAUCGCCUAGACUAGGCCACCAAUGUGCCCCUGGGCAGGCCGGCUCCCAUCAGCCACUUCGGCAUUUUAUUUUAUAUGAUUUUUUUACUCCCUUUGGUGUUCGUUUGCUUUUAACAAAAACUGGACUGAACCCC